AUGCCUGCCAAUUCCUCAGGCCGCAUUCAAAAGGCGAGGCGAGGCGUCAAGAAUGCCGCUCCUCACAAGAACCACCGGUGGGAGUCGUUUACGACCAAGAUCUCGAAACUCCAUACCCUCGAUCCCCUCAAGAAAGUGCGCCGGCACGAUCUCGAAACCGAAGAUGUCUCAACCACUACCUCGUAUCUUAACAAUGGGCUUCAAAGAUGGAACGAGCUCAACAUAUCCAAGACCUUUGUCUCCUUCAAGAGAGGAGCUAUCCCCAUCUCAGAGAGUCUUCCCCAGAUCCUCCAUUUCGAAGAGCGUAUUAUGCAGCUUUUCGUCCAACAUAUCUCCGAACAGGACAAGGAGAGCCUAGAACCCCUCCUCGAUCUUCUCACGGCAUUCGCUAGGGACCUUGGUCCGCGUUUCGAAAAAUACUACCCCACCGCCCUCCAGCUGAUCGUUGACAUCGCGAGCAAACCUCAACCCGUCGAGGUGAUUGAGUGGACUUUUACUGCUCUCGCCUUUCUAUUCAAGCGGCUUUACAAGCUGUUGACGCCCGAUCUUAGACCAACCUACGAUGUCGUGUCUCCCCUUUUGGGCAAGGCGAAGCGGCCGCCGCAUAUCGCUAGGUUUGCGGCUGAAGCCAUGAGUUUUCUUAUCAAGAAGGCUGCCGCGCCGAAUCACCGAGCAACUGCUCUUCCUCUUAUAGUGGAACAUACACGGAAGGAUCUCUACGAAGCAAGUGGUUCCCGCCAGCUUGAGCUUUUCCAGGACGGGUUGAUGACCAUGUACGCCGAGGCAAUCAAGGGAACGGGCCACACUAUUCACUCCACCGGGCCGGCCAUUUUUACGGCACUCUUGAGGUCUAUUCCGCCUCAAGACUUCAACUUAGUAGAUGUCCCGAUAUGGACAAAUGUGACUUGCGGGGUCCUGACUAGCAUCAUACACCACUCGGAUGCCGCAAACAUGAAACCAAUCUCAGAAGUCAUAUGCGAAUUCUCAAAGUCAACUGCAACAGAGAGCAACAGCCCGGAAGGCAGCAAGUACCCCAACGUACAUCUUGUGAGGAUGAUCGGUACACUUUCCGGGGUGCGCAAAGGCUCCCGGGUCGAUGACUGGGAAACCCUAGUGCAGUCCCUGAUGGGUCUCUUGACCACACCCGCACGAUGGGAGGAUGCUGGGCAAGACGAUACCAGGCAACAGUUCUGGAAAUAUGUCAUGAUCAACAUCGCCAUCGUUUGGCUAUAUGCGCCGGUUCACGCCCUCACACCCUCCAUUAUCUCCCUCACCACUACACUUUCUAGGGAUCCGUUUAGGAGUUGCUUCCAAGGGUUCAUCGUGAGCAACUGGUCGGACCAUGAGAACGAAGAUUUGCUAUGCAUCUACAUCAGCCGCAUGGCCCAGUCCCGCUCCAUCCCCACUGCUGGUGACAAGGAGGUGUUCAAUCUGCCUCGGCAAUGGCAAGACCAUAUCGUUUCCAAGUUUGAGAAACUUGAAGUGUCCCCUUUCCCCGAACGAGGUGUCUAUGACAAGGAUCCUCAGACUUGGCGAGACCGAUGCCUACCGAAAUAUGCCGCCCUCCUUAGAGUUCUGGAGUCCGCUGGAGUACACCCUUCCACGGAUGCCCGCAUUGCGGAGCUUCUGCUUCGAAAACUCAAGCUCGCGUUACGGCCGUCGUGCACUUUGGCAUCCGACGAGGUCCACUUUAUUGUCAGCCAGGGCCUCCAUGCAUAUCUUCGCAUGAGCGCGGCUGCCGGCAGUGUGGAUGGAGGCCUAGGCCCUCUUUGCGAGCUGCCGUCCCUAGCUCAGCUCGUGCAGGAUUCUAGCAGCGACGAUUCUCAGUCUUCUGAUGACGACACCACAAUCAUGUCCUUGAUCGGGAACCUGGCGAGCCCGUCUCAUGAACUCCGCCUUGUCUCCCUCAAAGUCCUAUCCGAGCUCGAAGGAACCAGCUCUCGGUCAAAUUACCCCACCGAGACUAUGCUUGAGAUCGAAGAGACCUCGGUCGAGCUUUCUAACAGUCGCAAGAUUGCCAUGCAUUUGAGAAAGCUUGGCGCUUCUUAUUCCUCAUUUAUCGAAGAUCCGUGGAUGUCGCUUGCUGUGCCAUCCUUCUUGUUUGGCAUGUUAAACGUCAAGAUGGCACCUGUCUGGGAUGGCGCCCUGGAGGCGCUACAGCAAGUCACUCAAACCAAGACAGGUGAAGACACGGUGGCUAAGCUUGCAUUCGAGUGGCUCAAUGUCCCCUCGCCAAGGUGGGCUGGCCCUCAGCAGCUAGGUGGAAAUGGUGCCGGAAAAUUCGUCUCUGAUUUCGAGUGUAAAAAUAUCCAGCACCUUGAGGCGCUUUCGGACCAAUUCUAUGGCAUCAUUCAGAACCCCUUCGACACCACCCUCAAAUCUUUCGAUGAGCAGCAAUAUACUGUCGAGCCUCACUCACCAAACGCUCGGGCGCAAGCACUGAAGGCUUUAUCCGCUAUCCCAAGGCUAGCCGAGAAAAGAUCGCGUCUCUUUGUCCCCUUCUUCCUCUCCUGGGCCGCCGCUAGCGAUGACGCACCCGACACUUCAGACUCUGAAGAAGAGCCUCAGGCUGCCAAAGGGUGGUCUCUUGCUGAUCGGAAAGCGAUCCUUGGUGUAUUUGGCCAAUUUGUGAACCCCAGGGUCCUUUACAAUCACGAACCGGUUUACGAAGCCCUCCUGCGCCAGAUGGAAAAUGGCGAUGCUGAUGUGCAGAAGCUCGCUUUGAAAGCACUCUUCACUUGGAAGCAGGAAGGUGUCAAGCCUUAUCAUGAAAACCUCGAAUACCUUUUGGAAGAACCACGCUUCAAGGACGAGCUCACGUUGCUUUUCCAAGGAGAGGAGCCCCGUAUCCGGCCCGAACACCGUUCAGAGGUGAUGCCAAUCCUCCUGCGCCUACUCUAUGGUCGGACCAUUAGAAAGAAGGGCGCGAGCGGUCGUCAUGGCCUCCACGCUAUCCGACUUGCCGUUUUGAGGAGUUUGGAUACGCAGAGUCUUGGGCAGUUCCUCGACAUUGCCGUCGGUGGUCUUCGCAAUGUCAGCGUAAUCGACGGCUCCGGCAAUACGGCGCCUGAUGUGGAUCUAGAAGUGGUGCCUAUUCGACGCCAAACCCUGCUCAAGUCCAUAUUAUACUGCUUGGUUUACGCCGCGCGCCAACUACAGCAAGCGGGUCAAGAUGACCAGGAUUCAAGCUCGGACGAUGGUGAGGAACAGAUCAGCAACACGUCUCUUCUACGAGUAGCUAGAACGACGGGUCUGAAGUGUCUCGUGGCUCUCUUGCGCAAUGCUACUGGGUACGAUUGGACACCGUAUGGUGAUCUGAUCGUCAAAGAACUCAUCAGCCCUCGCAUCGAAAAGCUCCCAGUUGAAACUGCCCAAGGUGUAUCCGGAUUGCUGCAACUUGUUUUCACGCUCUCGGCUCUUCCUAGAGAGUCCAUUUUCCUCUCUCUAGAUGGGAGGAUUGUCCCACAACUUGUAGAAUCGUUGGCGGUAGAAAAGGGCAAGCCCGAGGUCAAGGUCUUCGUCUUGAGCAUUCUCAGAAACCUCAUUGGCCUUGCCGUAGCGCCAGCCUCCGAAUCUGCGAAUAACGACCUUAUCCAAGAAGAACUUCUGAAGCCUGCCCUUGAGAGGCUGCUUACGAACAUCACUGGCCUUCUAGAGACGCCAAAUCUCGGCAAUGAGCUCCUAGAGAAUUGCGUCGAAACUAUCAUCGAGAUCUCUCCCAUCGUUGAUAACACGCAGAAUGUCCAAGGCGUCCUUGAGCUCGCCACAAAGUUCCUCGCCCAGCCAGCUCGUCGGGUCAGCCCUAAAACCAAGGGGCGCAUCAUUCUUGUUCUCGAACGCUUUGUCCAGUUCCAAGAGCCGCUGUCGAGCUCGUCUUCGUCUCCGGAGCUCAUUGGCAAGAUUCAUGUCUCGGUCGCGUCUCUCUUUAGCUACUUCAAGGACCAGGAGAAUCGAGACUCGUUAUGCCGUGUCUUCCUAGUGCUCGCACAAAAGGAUCCCUCCCUCCAGGAGUCUGCCGAGCUGUGCACGGAGCUCAACUCUUUUGCAGAAGGGCGCAUAGGCCAACCAGAUUACGACAGACGCCUAAAGACGCUCAACGCUCUCUCGGCGCCGCGCGAGGUGCCCUUUACCGCACAUCAGUGGCUAGCGCUACUUCACAACCUCCUAUUCUACAUCCAAGUGGACGAGGAGUUCAACAUCCUCUCGUCUAACUCGGCCGACGCAAUUCGGCAGUACAUCAAUGACGCUGCUUCGUGCACGGAUGAGAAGAUGCGAGCGGCUUUCGAACAACAGUUAAAGGACGUGCUUCUACCGGCCAUGUACAGUGGUGCGCGUGAGACCUCCGAUACUGUGCGGCGCGAAUAUCUCCGCGUAAUGGGCCGAUUGAUCUCUCGAAUGGCGCAAUGGCCCGCCGUGUCCGACCUGAGCGCGUUAUUGGACGAGACGGACGAAGAGAGCUCAGAGCCUCAGUUCUUCUUUAAUAUUCUGAGCCCUGCCACUUCGAGACAGCUCGAAGCGCUCAAUAUGCUGCAACUGGCCAAUGCCAAGAAGGAGAUGGGUAGCCAGAACAUAGCGCACUUCUUCAUUCCCGUUCUAGAACAUUUCAUCUUUGGUCGAGAGGAGCGUGCUGAUGACCACGGACUCGGCGCGCAAGCCACCACUGUCAUCGGUAACCUGGCUGCAUCACUGGACUGGAAACAUUACCGUUCCAUCUUGCAGCGUUAUCUAAGCUAUAUCUCGUCGAAGCCCGAACACCAAAAGGCUCUAAUCCGUCUCCUUGGUCGCUUUGUCGAUCCGUUGUUGGAGGUCGGUGAGCCUGCGGCUGUUGAUUCGAUGGACUUGGAUGCGCCUCAAGAGGACUCCGCCAAGACUACUAAGCGGCUAGGCCAGACGAUUCCCGGAAGUGAAAAGCUCACGUACGACAUUAUCCAAAACUAUCUACCGCCCCUCCUGAAGCACCUACACGAAAAGGAUGAGUCCGAGGUCAGUUUCCCGGUUCUCACCGACAUCAGCCACAUCUUGCGAAGUAAAGCGGAUGACUCGCGAGACAUGGCAAGAGAUACGCUCGUCAAGAUUUCGCUCAUUCUUGGGCCGCAGUACUUUGGCUUUGUCCUCAAAGAACUCCGAGGUGCUCUGAGGAGAGGGAGCCUCGACUACUGCUUGGUGCCGAUUGUUAACGUGAUCAUGGAUGAUGUCUUUGGCGUCACUGGCCAGGAAAAGGAUGCCGAGGAAUACACAACCCAGAUGAAGGAAAUCAAGGGCAGUAAGAGUCAGGAUUCCAUGGAGCUCAUUGCGAAAACCGCCUCCGUGGCCCAUCUCGUUGAUCUGAUACGGCCCAUCCAAGCCCUCCUGCUUCAAAAGGUUGAUCUGCGCAUCGUGCGCAAGAUUGACUCGCUUCUGUCAAGAAUCACAAGUGGUCUCCUCCAUAACCCAGCCGCAGAAAGCCGAGAUACCUUGGUAUUCUGCUACGAGGUGGUCCAGGAGGUGUACAAGGCGGAAAAGGCCGUCCAGACCCCCAAGAUGGACCCGAGGGUAAAGAGGUACCUCAUUCAGAAGCAAGCGAAGAAGAGCGGCGAGCGCUCCAUUACGAACAAGCACACGUAUAAACUUGUGCGCUUUGCCUUUGACAUUCUCCGUGCGGUAUGGAAAAAGCACGACAGUCUCCGCAACGCGGCCAACAUCACGGGAUUCAUCCCGAUUUUGGGCGACGCUGUCAUGGACGGCGAGGCGGAGGUGAAGACUUCGACUUUCAAACUGCUCAACGUCAUCGUCAAGGUUCCCUUUGUGAAUUCCGAUACGAGCGGCCUAUACAAGGUCGCGGUAAAGGAGGCCACAAAGGCCAUUGGGACGUCUUCCUCGACCACCUCGGAACUCUCCCAAGCAGCCCUAAAGCUUAUUUCCAUUGUUCUCCGAGAGAGAAAGGACGUGGUUGUGAAGGAUGCGGCCGUGGAUAUGUUGGUGCAGAAGCUCAAGGACGACCUGACAGAUCCCCAAUACCGGUCCGUCACUUUCAGCUUCCUUCGGUGUGUCCUAGACCGGAAGAUUGAGACGGCCUCUGUCUAUGAUAUCCUCGACUACGUUGGCACUAUCAUGAUUACCAACGACGACAAGGAAACGAGAGACCUCGCCAGAGGUGCCUUUUUCCAGUUCCUUCGUGAUUAUCCUCAAAAGAAGGCCCGGUGGGCGAAGCAAGUCAACUUUAUCAUUGCCAAUCUCAAGUACGAUCGGGAGGGAGGACGUCUCUCCGUGAUGGAAGUUAUUCACCUCCUCCUUCUCAAAUCCGCCGACGAUUUUGUUCAAGAGAUUGUCUCCACCUGCUUCCUACCCCUCGUCUUUGUUGUGGCCAACGAUGACAGCGAAAAAUGCCGGCAAGCCGGCGGAGAAUUGAUCAAGCAAAUCUUCAAGAAGGCCGAUAAAGAGCAGACGCAAAAGUUCCUCACGCUUUUGCGUUCGUGGCUUGCAAACGAAGAUAAUCUGGCGGUGUCUAUGCUUGCCCUCCAGACUUUUGGUUUUUACUUUGAUGCGAGCGAGCGAGCCACUAAGAACGAAAAAGACCUACGGUUGCUUCUUGAUCGCAUCGAGGGCCUUCUCAGCACCGAAAACGCGAACAAGGACACCGAUGGUGAAACUACCAACACGACAAUUGAUGCCCUUCGCAUCGUCACGAACAAGUUUCCGAGCACGCUCUUCCAUCCCGAUUGCCACGGACUCUGGCGGCUUAUCCGGCAGUGCAUGGUCCAUCGCAACAAUUCGGUCAGGCUUAACUCUGUCCGGCUGAUGGCGACUUAUCUCCUCCAUUUCGCAGCUGGUAGUCGAGAGACUGAGAGUGGCACGAUUCUUGUUGGCGAGCAUGGCGCAGAGCUUCAGAGUUCGGAUAUCGAAGACAUUGCCGGAUUGGCCAUUAGAAUCCUAAGCACGCCCAUCAUCCCAGAAGAGCUUGCCACCGAAGCAGGACAGAUUCUCAUCUUCCUCGGACCCCGCCUACCGCAAAACGUGGAGGAUCCAGCGGCCUCGGGCUCCGACGACGAAAAUGAAGAAGAUGGGGAUGAAGGAGAACAAGGGGGAGAAGAGGACGGCGACAACGAUGAUGACGAUGACCCCUCAGCAGAACCCGAAGGCGAGGAUGAGGGAGAGGACGGCAAAACUUCUACCAGACGCAGGAAAGACCUGCACUUCCUCUUCUGGAAGCUCUCGUACAUUCUGAGGAAGCAAGGCGCGGCCAAGUCUGAGGGAGUGAACGGCAAAGUCACGGCUAUGGAAGUGAUGGAGACGCUAUGUCGCCGCCUCGGCGUGGACCGGGUCCGAGGCUCCAUCAAGACCAUUCUCGUGCCACUCCACCACUUGACGGACAAGUUCAUCCCGACGCCGUCAUCCACUGACGAGCAGUUCAAGACCAAGUACGAAGGCUUAAAGGUGCGCGCGCAGAUCCUCAUGGAUUCGCUCCAAAAGAAGCUAGGCACGGCCGAAUACAGCAGGUAUCUCUUGGAGAUUCGAGAAGGAGUGCGAAAGAAGCGAGAGCAGCGAUCGGCGAAGCGCAAGAUCGGAGCGGUGGCGUAUCCGGAGAGGUUCGGGCGCGAGAAGCGCAAGAAGUUUGAGAAGAAGAAGGAGCGGAGAAAGGUUAGGGGCCGGGAGCACAAGUCCCAGAGACAGGCGUUCAAGGGCUGGUAG